GACGCGAAUCUAUUGGGAGAAUUGAAAUUAUUUGUCAAUCAUUCGAUGCGUCGAGGGGAGAAGCAGAGAUAGAUUCAAGCAAUUUCAGAAAGUUCAGUGAUACAGGCGUACGAAGGUGUGAUCCUAACCGUUGGCUUGAAUCGAUUGAAAAAUCCAUUCAGUUUCGAGGGCUACACCUGUAUAGCCUGAUUAUUCACUUGUAGAAUCGAAUGCGACAAAGUCGGGUGUGUGUUCUUUCGUAAGGUAUAAUUGACUCGUCCAAUUAUCCGAAUUGUAUGAAUAAUAUUCCAAUUUAUAGAAUGUCCUGUUAUUUCGGCCCCCGACGCGCAAACGAUAAUUAUCGGCGAUACACUUACUCAAAGCUCAAAUAUUUGGUUGUACGAAUGGAAGUUUCGGACGUCCUUGCGCACCGUUUAUUUUUCUAAUUAUUAAUUUCAAUCGCUACUCUUGGGUACAAGCUCGUUUUUAUCCUAUAAUCUUUCGGUGCGGUAUGUGCUCGGACGGGGCUUCGUGCGUCGCUUUCGUGUCAAUUAAAUUAAUUUACUUCGCACACACACACACGUAGCGAGAGUUGUAGCCGAGUCGUAUAAUAUCGAUAGCGAAAGUAGUCUAGUGUAAAAACGUACGCAGGGCGCGCAAUGACUAUUGAAAGAUCCCUAUCGCACACCGCGAGAUCCGGUGGGUAAAUAACAGUUUCAUACCGUUUUCAACUCAGUUUGAGUCGAUGCGAACUCGAGAGAAACUGUAAAAUUCGAAUAAAUGAAAAUGGCGUGCUAUCCGGAACCGAAGAACUUCAGGCAAGCGAUUAUUCCGAUGAUUUAUUUGAACUGGUUGGUUGGAAUCGGUGUGUCCGUGCCGACGUCUUCCAUACGAUGCGUCGUGACAACGACGAUUUAUACCCUAACGCUGUGGGCUUUCCUUUUGUUCACGUUUUACAUCGGGAUUACUUCGAUGGUUACUUUUUUUUCUCGCGACACUUCACCUAUGGCUGUUCUGAUGUACACGGCACUUAUUUAUACAAACGCGAUCAGCGCUAUGGCGGUGCCGGUGCUCGCAUUGAUGAGAAAAAAAGAAUUGAAGGAGUGCUUCGAAAGCUUGGACAGACUCGAGGAACCUUAUUACCAAGCAUCGGGUAAAGAAAAGGACUACAGGGAAAUAUUGAAGCCGCAAUUCUACAUCAUAGCCACAAUCUGCGCGUUGAUCGUUGUAAUUACUGCGACCGAUUCCCUGUGGGGCGGAGAAGACGAGUCAAUUUUCAUAGUUGUCGCGCUGAUGAUAACUCUUCAUCAUCCAUUGUUGCUCUUACUGGUCACCGAUUUGACUUUCUGCAUGAUAAUACGCUAUAUCGGUGAACAAAUUUUUCACCUCAACGCUGCCUUGCUCGCCUUGGCUGACAACGAACCUCGGACGGAACCAAAGCCCGGUAUUUUUCAAUUGAGAAAAGCAGUUACAACUGUUUCACCCAACGAACAAAAAUCCUCCUCUUUCAAUGGGUUUGCUAACAACGUAGCUGCAAACACGAUAAGUAAACGACGCACGUUCAAGGCGAUCCGAAAAAUUCAUUUCGAAAUCACGAAAGUCGCUGCAAAGUUCAACCAGACGUACGGGGUGCAGAAUUUGAUUUCUAUGGGAUUAUCCUUCGUUAUGAUAACCGGUCUACUCUAUGGUAUUUACGUUGCUUUCCACUUUCGAACGUCCGCCUCGCAAUUGAUGGAAGAGAUCAUUCCACCUGUUGGUUGGUGCGCGGUCUACGCGUACAAAAUUUUUAUGAUCAGUCAUACCUGUGCGUUCGUCAAGGGCGAGGCGUAUAAAUCGGGUCAAAUAAUUUACGAUAUUCUAGGAACAACCUCUGACAAAGAAUUGCAGAAAGAGGUUCAAGAAUUUUCGCUGCAACUGAUUCAGAAUCCGGUCCAAUUUACAGCUUGUGGAUUCUUCGCGCUGGACCACACCUAUAUUCAAGGGGCAAUCGGCUCGAUAACUACGUAUCUGGUGAUCCUUAUCCAGAUGAGCGAUACAUCUCGACAGUCGAAGGAAUCAGCUCCGGCGGUUCCCGACAACAAAACCUCACCCUCAACUUAUUUAGCUUAAUUUUCUGCUUGUGUGUUAUUCCCGCCCGAUGCAAGGUGACAUUUAAAUCACACGAAUCGAAAUUCUCAUCUGAGUUGAAAGCGGUUUUUGCAUAUUUUAUGAAUGAUUCGUGUUCGUUAUCGUUAUCACGUUCGUGGAAUUCUAAAUCCGGGCGAGCCGAGAGUGGGAAUUCAAAGUUUGCGCAGCAAUCGCCAAAGGAGAUACAUUGUGUACAUUGAUAACAACCGUCGAACGACCCGCCGUUUGGACAGGUCAUCGUAUAUCGGGCGAUUCAUUUUUUGAAAUAUUCGAGUAAUUUUGUACCACAUACAUACCUACAUUUGUGUAACAAGGCAAUGAAUGCCCGCGGUGAAUCGAACUCGACACGCUUCAUUAAUCAUUCACGUCGAUCGAUCGACUGAUUAAAGGGAUGAUAAUUUUCCAGCACUUUUUACUCUUCGUUAUCUUUAUUUCACCGAUGUC